AUGACAUCAGUAACCACACCAUGUCGUAUAGUUUUUGAUGGAUCAUUCCCUACAGCCUCUGGUUUCAGCCUCAAUGACAUACUUGCAAAAGGUAGUAACAAUCUGAACAAACUUCAAGAGAUUCUCGUUCGCUGGUCAACCCACAAGAUCGGUAUUCACACAGACAUUCGUAAAAUGUACAAUACGAUACGACUUCACGAGAAACAUUGGUGCUACCAAAGGUAUGUUUGGCAGGAAAAUCUCGAUGUAAACAGAAUACCAUGUGAAAAAAUUAUCAAAACGCUCAUUUAUGGGAUAAGAUCAAGCGGUAACCAAGCUGAGCAGGGACUCAGAGAAAUCGCAAAUACGUUCAAGGAAAAAUUCCCAGAAGUACACAGAAUUGUUCAUGAAGACGUCUACGUCGAUGACUGUAUUACUGGGGAAGAUGAGGUCAAUACAGCACAUUCGCGAGCAGAUCAAUUGGAAUACGUUAUUCAACCUUGUGGUUUUGUCUUGAAAGGAGUUACCUUUUCUGGAGAUAAACCACUUCCCAAUCUUACAGAUGAUGGUGAAUCAAUCAUGGUUGGAGGAAUGAAAUGGUUUCCGGAAACUGAUGAGCUAUCAUUGAAUAUAUCUCAACUCAAUUUUGCAAAGAAGUUAAGGGGAAAGACGCCAGAAGGUGCCACUAAUAUCAUCCCUAAAAAGUUAACCAGAAGACACUGUAUAUCGAAGGUUGCAGAAAUCUAUGACCUAACUGGAAAAAUCGCUCCACUCGUAGCCUCACUGAAGUUAGACUUACGUGAAUUAUGUCUUCGGCAAUUUCAUUGGGAUGAUGUUCUACCUGAUGACCUUCGUCAGAUUUGGUUGUCAAAUUUUGAAAUGAUGAAGGAAAUUGGAAACAUUCGAUUCAAACGCACAAUUAUUCCUCAAGAUGCUGUAAGUAUGGAUAUAGAAUUACUCGACUUUGGAGAUGCCAGUCAACAUCUUGUUUGUGUAUGCACUUAUGCCCGUAUUUUACGAAAGAAUGGCAAUUAUUCAUGUCAGUUAGUGUUAUCAAGGACAAGAACUGUACCCAAGGAUUUAUCACUUCCCAGGGCAGAACUUUAUGCUGCACUUCUGAACACUCAUACCGGAGAGAUUGUCAAACGCUCAUUCAAGAAUCUUGUCAAAUCUACUAAGAAGUUUACUGACAGUCAGAUCACUCUUCAUUGGAUCAGUAACGAUGAGAAGCCGUUAAAACAGUGGGUGAGGAACCGUGUUUUGGAGAUACAUCGUUUUACAUCGAAAGAUCAAUGGAGCUACGUACAAUCCAAGAAUAUGGUAGCUGAUAUAGGUACAAGACGUGGUGCCACCAUUGAAAAUGUAAAUCAGUCAUCAACAUGGAUAAAUGGUCUCAAUUGGAUGCAUCUACCAGCAGAUAAGUUUCCUGCGCAAUCUACGGCCGAAUUGAGGUUGUCGGAGCAUCAAAUGUCGGAGGUGGAGAAGAAAAGGAUCAUUUGGGUUCAUCACAUGACUGCCUCUAACAUUUCAGCGACCCUGCUGGAAGAGAUGAGAAGGCGUUAUCGGUAUUCACAAUACCUACUAGAUCCCCUCAGGCACAAAUUCACCAUGGUCAUCAAUAUCAUGGCAUACGUGAUCAGAUUCUGCAAGAUCCUCAUUAAUCAUAUCAAAGUCAACAAAAAAGCCAAGCCUCAUUCAAUUGUGCUUCGUGAUGAAAAAAUCAAAGCCGCCGAAAGAUAUUUCUUUGAAAAGGGGACAAAAGAAGUCUACCAUUUCUUAAGCAAAUCAAAGUAUGAAAAAAUCUCGACAGAAAAGGAUAACAUCCUGCUAUAUACAGGGCGAAUUCUACCAGAUAAAGAAGUGAAAAUUGCUGGUACAUUUACAGAGGUGAUGAAAGAUUUGUCUUCAGUUACGUUUUGCGUUCCCUUACUUGAAAAAUUUUCACCAAUAGCGUACAGUAUAUCGUUAGACGUGCACUGGAUUAACACAACAGUAAAACAUUCUGGUGUUGAGACAACACAUCGAUAUGUCCUCAAGAAGGUACAUAUCAUUGAAGGAAGAAUCCUCAUCAAACAUAUCAAACGAUCAUGCCUUCGCUGCAGAUAUCUUGCCAAACGAACGGUUAAAAUGGCAAUGGGACCGAUAUCUUCGUGUAACAUGACCAUUGCUCCAGCCUUUUAUUUUACCCAAUUAGAUUUAUCUGGUCCAUAUCAGUCUUAUACGCCACAACAUAAGCGUACAACCACAAAGAUAUGGUUAAUUGUCUUUUGUUGUUGUGCCACAUCCGCUGUGAAAAUCAAAGUUAUGGAUAAUUAUUCAACGACAUCCUUCAUUCAAGCAUUCACAAGAUUUUCCUGUGACCACGGGUACCCAAAACGUGUUCUUUGUGAUGAAAGCAGCCAACUUGUAAAAGGCUGCAAAGAGAUGCAUCUGGAUUGGAUCAACCUCAAAUCAAAAUUAAUGAAAAAAGCUCGGGUUGAAUUUGAUGUGUGUCCGGUACAAGGGCACAAUAUGCACGGAAAGGUGGAACGGAAAAUUAGAGAGAUAAAUUUAUCAAUUGAGAAGAAUCUACAAAAUCACAGAUUGUCGAUACUACAGUGGGAAACUUUAGCUUCAAGUAUUGCUAAUCAGAUCAAUAAUUUACCCUUUGCUGUAGGAGAUAUCACAGGAGGCUUUGAAUGCAUAGAUCUCAUUACACCUAACAGAUUACUACUGGGACGUAACAACGAGCAAUGUCCAGAUGGAAUAAUUUUCUGUGAUAACCCAACGAAGAUCAUCAAGGAAAAUGAAAAAUAUUCAACGCAUGGUUUGAAGUAUGGCUUCUAG